GCGCGGACGUGCGCGUCCCCGCGGAGUCUUUUGUGUGGCGGCGUAAGGGCAGCGCAAAUACAAUAACCAUGGCAGACGAGAAACCCAAGGAGGGAGUGAAAACCGAGAACAAUGACCACAUUAACCUGAAGGUGGCGGGACAGGACGGCUCAGUGGUGCAGUUUAAGAUUAAGAGGCACACGCCGCUCAGCAAACUCAUGAAGGCUUACUGCGAGAGACAGGGACUGACGAUGAGGCAAAUCCGAUUCCGGUUCGAUGGCCAGCCCAUUAAUGAGACAGACACACCUGCACAGUUGGAAAUGGAGGACGAAGACACAAUUGACGUUUUCCAGCAACAGACAGGAGGCUUCGUCUAAACGCAGAAACUUCACUGCCUCCCCCCGUCUCUCUCUGUCUCUCUCUCUCUCUCUCUCUCUCUCACUCCCGUCUUUUCCCCUCACAGUUACUCCCGACUGCUGUUGUAUAGCGUGUUGAUGCUCUUCCACCUUUGCAGUUCCUGCUUUUUGUAUAUAAGUGAUUUCUCACACACAUUGAAGUGGCAGCGUGAGCGCCUUGAGAUCAGAAGCCUUUUUCCUUUGGUAAGAAGUGACCACAGAAGGUCUCAAAAAGCAGCCCGUGGUCCAGAUCUUUCUGCUGAACCGUCAUUUGAGUAGAGCGGUUUUUACUUUUAAAAACAUUUUGACACCAAACUUAAGCUCAGACCGUUUUUUUUUUGUCUCGUGUCCUCAAAAGACAUGAAAACAAAAAUCAUUUUGUAUGAAGAGAGCACCUGGUGAAGAUGGGUGCUCUGUAGUACAAGACAAGUCUGUUAUUUUUAUUACUUUUGCUGCUUUUAUUUCAGACAAAUUGGGUUUUUUUUAUUGUUAUUAAUUGGCAGAAGGUGUGUAAAGUGAAACAAGCCCCAGAUUCAGUAGGUGAAUUGUGAAUAAUAAUAAUAAUAUUAUUAAUAAGUUCUGAAAUUACUGUCGAGUUAAGCAUCUGUAUUGUCUAAUAAGUCAUUUGUUAAAAUAAAUAAAAACUCUUUUUACCUCA